UCCGGCGGCGAACCGUCUCGGCGGCCGCCUGCUUCCCUGCGCUCCGGCAUCGUCCAUCAUGGGGCAGGAGCCGCGGACCCUGCCGCCCUCCCCCAACUGGUACUGCUCCCGCUGCAGCGACGCGGUGCCCGGGGGCCUCUUCGGCUUUGCCGCACGAACCUCCAUCUUCCUGGUCCGUGUGGGCCCCGGCGCGGGCGCGAGCGCUGGGACGCCCCCUUUUCGAGUUGUAGGAGAGCUGGUGGGACACACCGAAAGGAUCUCUGGCUUCACAUUUUCUCAUCAUCCUGGUCAAUACCACCUCUGCGCCAGCAGCUCCGAUGAUGGCACCGUGAAAAUCUGGGAUGUGGAGACAAAAGCAGUUGUGACAGAACAUGCAUUCCAUCAGCAUACAAUCUCAGCAUUGCAUUGGUCUCCUCGAGUAAAGGACCUAAUAGUGUCUGGGGAUGAAAAGGGAGUAGUUUAUUGUUACUGGCUCAACAGAAAUGACAGCCAGCACCUCUUUAUAGAACCCAGAACAAUCUUCUGUCUUACUUGUUCGCCUCAUCAUGAUGAUUUAGUAGCCAUUGGCUACAAGGAUGGAAUAGUGGUCAUAAUGGACAUCAGUAAGAAGGGAGAAGUGAUUCACAGGCUGCGAGGCCAUGACGACGAGAUCCACUCCAUAGCCUGGUGCCCUGUGCCUGGUGAAGACUGCUUAUCCCUGGGCCAAGAGGAAAGUUCAGAGGAGCCUGAAACGCUCAAUGGGAAAGUUACAGCACGAACUCCGCAGUCGAAGGGCUGCUACUUGGCCACCGGGAGCAAAGAUCACACCAUUCGGAUCUGGAGCUGCUCAAGGGGCAGAGGGGUAAUGAUUUUGAAAUUGCCCUUUCUGAAGAGGAGAGGCGGGGGAAUAGACCCGACUGUUAAGGAGCGCUUGUGGUUGACCCUCCAUUGGCCCAGUAAUCAGCCCACGCAGCUGGUAUCCAGUUGUUUUGGAGGUGAGCUGCUGCUUUGGGAUCUCACCCAGUCUUGGAGACGGAGAUACACCCUCUUUAGCAUGUCAUCAGAAGGGCAAAACCACUCAAGAAUCGUGUUCAAUUUAUGUCCUUUACAAACAGAGGAUGACAGACAGCUGCUGCUUUCCACGUCCAUGGAUAGAGAUGUCAAAUGUUGGGACAUGGCCACUCUGGAGUGUAGCUGGACCCUGCCUUCCCUCGGUGGGUUUGCCUACAGUCUGGCCUUCUCCCCUGUGGACACGGGCUGCCUGGCCAUAGGUGUUGGGGACGGCAUGAUCCGCAUAUGGAAUACGCUCUCCAUUAAGAACAACUAUGAUGUAAAACAUUUUUGGCAAGGUGUCAAGUCUAAGGUUACAUCGCUGUGCUGGCACCCAAACAAGGAAGGCUGCUUAGCUUUUGGAACAGAUGAUGGAAAAGUGGGAUUGUAUGACACUUACUCCAACAAACCUCCACAGAUUUCUAGCACAUAUCAUAAGAAGACUGUGUACACCCUGGCCUGGGGGCCACCAGUACCCCCCGUGUCACUCGGAGGAGAGGGAGACAGACCGUCUCUAACUCUGUACAGCUGUGGAGGGGAAGGGAUUGUCCUGCAGCAUAACCCCUGGAAGCUUACUGGAGAAGCUUUUGAUAUCAACAAACUCAUCAGGGAGACCAAUUCCAUCAAAUACAAAUUGCCUGCACACACAGAGAUCAGCUGGAAAGCAGAUGGCAAAAUCCUGGCUCUUGGCAAUGAAGAUGGAUCAAUAGAAAUAUUUCAGUUUCCCAACCUGAAACUCAUCUGCACCAUCCAGCAGCAUCACAAACUUGUGAAUACCAUCAGCUGGCAUCACGCGCACGGCAGCCAGCCCGAGCUGAGCUACCUGAUGGCCUCGGGCUCUAACAACGCAGUCAUUUACGUGCACAAUCUGAAGACUGUCAUAGAGAGCAAUCCCGAGUCACCAGUAACCAUCACAGAACCCUACCGGACUCUCUCAGGGCACACAGCCAAGAUCACCAGACUGGCAUGGAGCCCGCAUCACGAUGGAAGGCUGGUAUCUGCUUCCUACGAUGGUACAGCCCAGGUAUGGGAUGUCCUCCGGGAAGAGCCACUCUGCAACUUCCGAGGACAUCGAGGUCGGCUGCUGUGCGUGGCUUGGUGCCCCCUAGAUCCCGACUGCAUCUACUCAGGGGCAGAUGACUUCUGCGUGCACAAAUGGCUCACUUCCAUGCAAGAUCAUUCCCGCCCUCCUCAAGGAAAGAAAAGUAUUGAAUUAGAGAAAAAACGGCUCUCUCAACCUAAGCCAAAGCCUAAAAAGAAGAAAAAGCCCAACUUAAGAGGACCUGUAAAGCAAGAAUUGUUGGACGGCACUGAAGAAGAAAGCCUGAAGGAGAACCUGGAGCCUGUGGAGAAUGGCGUGUCGGACCAGGAAGGGGAGGAGGAAGCCCAGGAGCCAGACCCGCCCAGGAACCUCGGUUCGGAGGUUUCUAGAGAGCCAGCUGUCUGCACCUCUGUGUCUUCAGGCAAUGAAAAGUCUAAAGGUGCCAUAAUCAACAAAAUCUCCUUCCUGAAAAAGGAACCACCUAAGGAGAAGCCAGAAGCCUUGAUCAAAAAAAAGAAAGCUCGGUCCAUGCUGCCCCUGAGCACAAGCCUGGAUCACAGAUCCAAAGAGGAGCUCCACCAUGACUGUUUGGUUCUAGCGACGGCAAAACAUUCCAAAGAGCCGAAUGAGGAUGUAUCUGCUGAUCUGGAGGAAAGAUUUCACUUGGGGCUUUUCACAGACAGGCCUGCCCUGUACAAAAUGAUUGAAACUGAAGGAAAAGGCCACUUGGAAAAUGGCCACCCCGAGUUAUUUCACCAGCUCAUGCUGUGGAAGGGUGAUCUAAAGGGAGUCCUCCAGACCGCAGCAGAGAGAGGGGAGCUGACAGACAACCUAGUGGCUCUGGCACCUGUAGCUGGCUACCACGUGUGGCUGUGGGCUGUGGAAGCUUUUGCCAAACAGCUGUGUUUCCAGGAUCAGUACGUCAAGGCUGCCUCUCAUCUGCUUUCCAUCCACAAGGUGUAUGAAGCUGUGGAGCUGCUCAAGUCUAAUCACUUUUACAGGGAAGCCAUUGCCAUUGCCAAGGCUCGGCUGCGCCCAGAGGACCCCGUCCUGAAGGACCUGUACCUCAGCUGGGGAACCAUCCUAGAAAGAGAUGGCCACUACGCUGUGGCAGCCAAAUGCUAUUUAGGGGCUGCUUCUGCUUAUGAUGCAGCCAAAGUUUUGGCUAAAAAGGGGGAUGCGGCAUCACUUCGAACAGCUGCAGAACUGGCUGCGAUUGCAGGAGAGGAGGAGUUGUCUGCUUCCCUGGCUCUCAGAUGUGCACAAGAGCUGCUCCUGGCCAAGAACUGGGUGGGAGCCCAGGAAGCCCUGCAGCUGCAUGAAAGCCUACAGGCUCAGAGACUGGUAUUUUGCCUUCUUGAGCUACUGUCCAAGCAUCUGGAGGAAAAGCAGCUUUCAGAGGGCAAAAGCUCCUCUUACCACGACUGGGCCGAAGGCACCAAAGGGCCGUUCACAGAGAGAGUGACAGCAGUAUGGAAGACCAUCUUCAGCCUUGACACCCCAGAACAGUAUCGGACAGCCUUUGAGAAGCUUCAGACCAUCAAAUACCCAUCUGCUACGAGCAACACUCCCUCCAAACAGGUCUUGCUUCACAUUUGCCAUGACUUGACUUUGGCAGUGCUGAGCCAGCAAGUGGCCUCUUGGGAUGAGGCUGUGCAAGCACUGCUUCAGGCUGUGGUCCGGAGCUACGACUCAGGGAACUUCACCAUCAUGCAGGAAGUACACUCGGCCUUUCUCCCUGACGGCUGUGACUACCUACGAGACAAAUUGGGUGAUCAUUCCCCCAUCACACCAGCUUUCAAAAGUUUGGAAGCUUUCUUCAUUUAUGGGCGUCUCUAUGAAAUCUGGUGGGCUCUCUGCAGUCCUUGCUCUGACUCCAGUGUCUCGGUGAGGGUCUGUCACAGGAGGACACCUGUUGAGCAAAGCCAAGAGGCAGAGAAUGCCAGUGCCGAGGAGGCAGACCCAGAAGCUGCUUCCCAGCCAGAGCCAAGCAAGCCUCCACAGCUGGACUUGAGACUCUCGAAGGAAAGUGAACGCGUGCUGAGUAGCUGCCAGGUGCUCUUUUCAGCACAGCAUGCCACCCUGCAGAGCUCCCAGAGAACUGUUGCUCAAGUCCAGGAGACUCUGGCAGAAAUGAUCCGCCAACACCAGAAGAGUCAGCUCUGUAAAUCCACAGCAAAUGGCCCUGACCAGGACAGUCCUCAGCAGGAAGGAGAACAGCCCCGCUCCAGUCCUCAGAGUCCAGGUAAAGAAGAAAAACAUGAGCCAGUUUCUCUGCCUGAAUUAACAAAAAGGCUUACAGAGGCAAAUGAAAAAAUGGCUAAGUUUCCUGAGAAUAUUAAGAAGUGGCCCUUCCCAGAUGUGCUGGAGUGCUGCCUUGUCCUGCUUCACAUUGGGUCCCAGUGUCCCGGCUAUGUGACCCAGGAAAUACAGCAACAGGCCCAAGAACUCCUUAAAAAAUAUGGCAACUCUAAAGCUUACAAAAGAUACUGCCAGACCUUCUGUGCAUGAACUGUGGAGGACUCUGAAGAAAUUGUGUCAAUUUUUAAAUGACUGACACGUGUCAUCACCUCUGCAGUUACACCUUGACAGACUGAUCCCUAGGUGUGUGUGCAGCAAUCCAGAAUACACACGAGAGUGGAGUCUGAACUGUUCUCGUGAACAGUACCAUCAGACUUUGGACUCGGGUGUUUUCCUACAGCAAGAAAGAUCAUGAAAAGCCAGCAGGGAUUAUCUAACACAUACCUGCAGAGUGAUGUUGGUCAUCUCUAAAGCCUUAUGCUGGUUUCACCCAAAGAGGAGAAACUGUUGUGACUGCCCAUAGUGUUACAUUCUUACACAAGUGAUCUUUAUAAGCAUUUCAAAAAUUAUAAAUAUGUCAUUCUUGUCUAAGAUAGAAUUGCUGCGUUGUAUGACCACUGAUAUGUUUUUUUGUUUUGUUUUGUCUUUUCCUUUUUUUUUUUUUUUUUUUGUUGUUGUUAGCUCAGGUUCUUCCUCAUGGACCCUUUGAAAGAUUGAAUGUGAAAAAGGCCUUACCCAUCAUGUUGAUCUUGUACUUUCUGUUUUUGUAUAACAGGUUGAAAAUUUGUACCAGUUUUAUUUAAUUGGUUUCUUGGAUAAAUCACUUAUUAAAUUGUAGCAUAUCCCUUCAGCUUUAUAAUGAAAGAUUGAUGAUGAUUAGAAAGCUCAGGAAGAAAACAGUGUAAAUUGUUUUUAAUCUUUUUGGAUUAGCAAUUCUUUUCAGAGUUAGAUUAAAACCAGAUCCUCUUUGAAGAAAAAUGCAUAUUUCUAACUGUGUAUCUGACUUCUGGAUUACUGGACUCCAGCAUUUGCAUUUCAGAACCGUAAAUACCACUUGAUCACAGAUGUUUGUUCUCUUCCUUUGGUUAUUAAGACAGUUGGAAAAUGUUAGGAACUCGGGUUCUAUAAUGUCCUAUUUGCAUGUUCAGGAUAACCAGAAAGUCUGGCAUGGUAGCAAAGGGAGCCCUCCUUCCUGGGAUUCACUCUAAAAAAUUGUUCUGGUUAGUUUAUUUUUCAGUUAAUUCCUAAUGUUCAGGUUGUUGAGGGCAGCAAGAUUUAAAUUCACUUAGGAGGAACCCUCUUCAGGAGGAAAAAAAAAAUAGGCAAGUCCAAAUGUCUGUAAAAAUUGCAUUGUAAUAAGUGUUGGAGUUUAGAAAAUGCUAAAUAGAUGUAUCACAAAUCAAUAUUUUCCCUAAAAUGGGAUAGGAUUGUAGAAUUUAAAUGCUCAUGGAUGUUUACAUUGUUAAAGAACCUGAGAAGGAGGGCAAGCUGGCAGAUGAGGAGUUGGAGCCUCCUUGACUGCAAAUGUAAACAACAACUGGACACAGUCUGAAAAGGAUUGAGGGAAAAAUGAGUCCCUUCUGCCUGAGUAAAGGGUGGUGUUCCUAGGCUGGGAAUUCUAAACCCUCACCAUUUACCAAGAGGUAGAUGGGAAGAAUCCUGUACACUGCCCCAGUCACUGUCUUGGCGAGAACAAGACUUACUGGUCGAAAAUUAAGCAGUAAAAAUAAGUUAGCAGAAAAUAACAGAAAUGACAAUUCAGUUUUCUCUUAAAGUUCUCUCCUCUUUCUCCUCUUUGCAUUUUUAUACUGAAGCUAUUAUAGCUUGGGGGAAAAUAAAGUGCUUUUCAUUUAUUUCUAAUUAAGAGAAACACAAAAACCCAAAGUUCAAGGAGCUGGCUGAAAAGGAUGUUUUUUGGUCAUUUAUCCCCAUCUAGAGUAAUUUCUAGUAUCUUUCCGCUACUCUGGAUAUCCAUGACUGCACUGGCCUAAAUCAACUGUUAGUAAUUCUCCAUGCUCACAGUGAUUAAAUUGCAAAUUACACUUUAUCAACUCCAUGCUAAAAAUUCUUUCACUAGUUUGCCAUUAAGAGUUUCAAAUGUGGGCGACUAAGUCCUGCCUGACGCCAGCCUUUAUCCUGUCAAGACACUCGUGGCCUCCACAUGCCAGCAGCCACGUGGGUCUUUGAGCUGCUGUAACUCACUAGGAUCUCGUCACUUGAGGGGCUCUGCCCAUGUUCUGCUCAGUUCUACUCCAUUUUAGGUUCCAGCUUAAAUGUCCUUUCUCUUUAACAGACUAUUUUUGUACCUCAAGCUCAGUGACAACUAUGUUCCAGACUUUAUACUUCACAAAUUGUGUGUGUGUAAACUGCUUUACUGUCUGGCAACAGACUGUACAUUCCAGAGAGGAAUGAGGGUAAAGAUGACAUUUCUACUCUGUCUCAUCCCAGCAUCUAUUUAAGUGUCUAAUACUUAGUGUUAAUGAAACUCUGAAUAAACUAAGAAAGUAUUUAUUG